UAAUUCUCAGUGUUUUGAAGAAGCUCUUUCUUCAAAGUUGCAAAUAAAACCUCCUUUAUUAUUAUUACUACUAAUAUUAUUACUUGUUUUUUAACCUCUUGUUUGAAUUGUUUUAACUUACCUGCUGAGAUCUGAGUGCUGAGUUGUCACUCUUGCAACUGGAAUAUCUGUUACAAGAGGAAGAAGACGAUGCCAUACUUGUCCAGGAAAAUAAAUGAUGCUGAAUUUGUAUCUAUUAUAAAUUAUUAUUAUUUUUUUUUUCUUGCAGCAUUUUGGAAUUUGAACAUUUUAAAUCAAAUCUGGCAUCUCUUGCAAAAUCCCUUUAAAACUUUAAUUUGUUUGGUUUUGAGCUGAAUGGCAGAGGAGUCAACUUAAUCAGACUAUAACUUAUUUUUAUAGCUAUGUUCGUGCUGCCCUUUUUUUCUGUAAUGCUCUUCUGUAACUAUACACGUGUAACAAUAAAAUCUCUCCCUUUGGGGUAUGAUUGGUAGCUGAAAGGCCAAUUGCAAAGACAUCUUGUGGGAUGCUUGUGUGUCCUCCUCAAAAACCAUAACAGUUUGUCCACAUAAACACUGGAACAUUUGUGAGAAUGCUUAUGAGCAGAAGUGUUUUGCUUUACAGUAGAUAGUGAAAAUACCAGAAGUAUGGAUGGUAGUUAGCUAGAUGUCAGCGUGGUCCUGAUGGAAAAGUAAGCGUGUAUUAACAGCCUUGGUCAUAUUAAAAAAAAAAUAAGUAGUAUUCACUCAAGUGAAAUAAGGGUUCAUUGGUUGCUGGGUAUUUGUUUGUUUCUGAAGGGACAUAAAGAAUGAGAAAAACCAUUGUGUUAAUGAUAUCGACAUAAAAUUAGAUUUAUAAGGUUUCAGAAACAUUGUUGAUUUCUUUUUUUCUUUUGUUUCUUCUUUAAUAGAAAGUCUAUCAACAGCGUUUCUUUUUAAAUGAAGAGCCACUUGCUGUGACCGAUGUGCACAUGAAAUGGAAAGGGAACAGAUUAUGGAAAGCGGCUUCUGUUUCAACCUUGCAAGAUGCUGCGUGAAGUGAAAUGACUGCUACAACAGUUCACAGAAGAAAUCACUGAACUUAAACCAGAAUGUGAGUGUCCGGAUGCAUAAAGGAGUUUAAGUGACUGCUCUAUUUGGCCAAAAUGGUGGACACUGAAAACCAGCUCUAUCCACUUACUCCCCUGGAGGAGGAUGAUAUAGGCAGUCCUUUAUCUGGAGAGUUUCUACAAGAUAUGGAGAACAUUCAAGACAUUUCUCAGUCUCUGGGUGAUGAUAGCUCUGGAGCUUUAAGUUUAACAGAGUUCCAAUCACUGGGAAAUGGUCCAGGAUCUGAUGGAUCAGUUAUAACAGACACCCUUUCACCAGCAUCCAGUCCUUCAUCCAUUAAUUUUGCCACAGCUCCAGGUAGCAUAGAUGAAUCACCCAGUGGAGCAUUAAACAUUGAAUGUAGAAUUUGUGGGGAUAAAGCCUCAGGCUACCAUUACGGAGUACAUGCUUGUGAAGGCUGUAAGGGUUUUUUUAGGAGAACAAUCCGAUUAAAACUCAUCUAUGAUAAAUGCGAUCGCAAUUGCAAAAUUCAGAAAAAAAAUCGUAAUAAGUGCCAAUACUGUCGUUUUCAAAAAUGCCUUUCAGUUGGAAUGUCACAUAAUGCAAUACGUUUUGGACGAAUGCCGAGGUCUGAGAAGGCCAAGUUGAAAGCAGAAAUUCUAACGGGUGAAAAUUAUAUAGAAGAUUCAGAAAUGGCAGAUCUUAAAUCACUCGCCAAGAGAAUUCAUGAUGCUUACCUGAAAAACUUCAACAUGAACAAGGUUAAAGCCAGAGUCAUCCUUGCAGGGAAAACUAACAACAAUCCACCGUUUGUUAUACAUGAUAUGGAUACCUUGUGCAUGGCAGAGAAGACGCUGGUGGCAAAAUUGGUUGCCAAUGGAAUUCAGAAUAAGGAAGCCGAAGUUCGAAUCUUCCACUGCUGCCAGUGUACAUCUGUAGAGACUGUCACAGAACUGACUGAAUUUGCUAAAUCUAUCCCUGGCUUCUCCAAUCUUGACUUGAAUGAUCAAGUGACGCUAUUGAAAUAUGGAGUUUAUGAAGCCAUCUUUGCCAUGUUAGCAUCUGUAAUGAACAAAGAUGGGAUGCUGGUAGCCUAUGGAAACGGUUUUAUAACCCGAGAGUUCCUAAAAAGUCUGAGAAAGCCAUUCUGUGAUAUAAUGGAGCCCAAGUUUGAGUUUGCUGUGAAAUUCAAUGCACUGGAGCUGGAUGACAGUGAUAUAUCACUUUUUGUCGCUGCCAUCAUUUGCUGUGGAGAUCGUCCCGGUCUUGUAAAUGUAGGACACAUUGAAAAAAUGCAAGAGAGCAUUGUGCACGUACUGAAACUGCACUUGCAAACCAACCAUCCUGAUGAUACCUUCCUCUUCCCGAAACUUCUCCAAAAAAUGGCUGACCUCCGGCAACUUGUCACAGAGCACGCUCAACUUGUUCAGAUAAUCAAGAAGACUGAAUCUGACGCACAUUUGCACCCUUUACUGCAGGAAAUCUACAGGGACAUGUAUUAAGGAUUUUUAGUUGGUGUUGUUUUGUUUUUUUCCAUGAUAUUUAAAGACAACAGCAAUAUUAAUAAUAGAUGGGAGCAAAAUCACUUGCACAGCUAUCAGCUGUUCACUCGGUUCGGAGCAUGAAAAGUGUAAAAGCUAAGUAACUGGAGUGCUACAGGUCUGUUGGUUUGAGCUCUUCUGUCUUCUUCUGACUGAAUGCUGCAGAAAAAUACCGAUCGUAACGUUCAUGAAGCGCCUUAAAGCAGUUCUUUUAUUUGGAAAUCCGAAGAUUGGAAAAGAAUAUGUAUUUGUGUAAUAAAUCAGAAUGUUAAGUAAUGGAAAUGAAAAAGAAAAGGAAAAAAAAGUGUUUCCUCUUGGCUUAGUCAUUUUAGAGUUACAGUAACAAAUUCAGCAAAUUCUCUCCGGCUACAAGCACUGUCAUAAGGAUAACGCAUUCUUGGCUAAUGGUGGUAAAUGAGAAACAGCUAAUAGUUUUUGUUAGAGUCAAUCAGUCCAGGUUUAUUGAAUGACUGGAUAUUACUGUAUAUACACAUAUAAAAAAAAAAAAAUUGAAAGGCCUUUCUUGUGCCAUUGCUUGAAAUCCAUGAAGCACAGUAUAGCUCCACGUAGCAUGGCAUUGGGUACUUCAGGAUUAGCGCACUGAAAAGACAAUACUUUCAAGAAAUGAAAUGAAAUCCUAAGUGUUAUCUAAAAUACAGCAGAUAGCAGCAAUUCAGGUUUUUCCAGGAGAGGAAAAGCGCAAAGUCACAGAACAGUUGUUUGGAAAGGAAAUACAAAAAUCUCCCUGAGGAAAAAUUUGUCUAAUGCUGCGUAGCUUGAAGAACUUGCAAUAGCUCAAGAUGCAGUUUUGACUUAAGAAUACAACUUUGAAUGAGCCAGAGUUCUGGACAGGCAGAAAAAUCUGAUCCUAGUCCAGGAAAGGAAAAAGAAUUUCAACUGUACAGUAUUGUAGUGCAGUGAUAGCUUACUCUGAAGAAAUGAUUCCAUGGCAAAGGUACCUUCCUUCUUGUCCUGUGUUUUAGCAGUUUUUAGGUUUUUUUUUAUUAUCAGAAGUUUUAGCGUGCAAUACUAAAGCACCAGCCUCAAAUUUGGUGACUAUCUAGGGCACUCUAGAAGAAUUAGAUAUAUACGCACAGAACUCCCUUCUUUGCCUUCCCUGUCAGUUACCUUCUUCUCCCCCCAGCUGGGUUGAUUAAGCAUUUUAUUACAGCUCCUUCAGAUACUUCAGUAAGAGAAGAUUGUUGGUCUUACAUUAGAUGAGAAAUAGGUUGCCUUCUCUGUCUAGCAGCAGUACACAGUAUGCCCUCGGAAAUAACAAGGUGAUUUUAUCAGUCGUGCUGCUUGAUUCUUCAAAUUGGCCUUGUCUCUCUAUGAAACGGUGGCUUUGGGUCAAAUGCAGUCAGCAAUGAGAUAAAGCAAUAUUGUUCAUUCAAGGAAGUUGUCAGAAUCUCAUGAUGGUAUACCAGGGAUCUGUACACAUUGCAUCCAUGCAUAGGAAGUGUGCAGCGCUCAGCAUCGUGCAGCUGAUGGCAGCGGAAAUUCUAACCUUGGAAACUCAACAGCCAACUGGCUUAAGUUUAUCUUCUGAAGGAGUGUAAGCUGCCAUUUCCCCAAAGCACAGUCACAUGCAAUAUGUGAAUUUGAAAGUUCUCCUCCAUAAUUUGCACGUACUGAAGUUUCUCAAAAAACAAACAAACAAACAGAAAACUAACAAACAAAAAAAAAAAACUAUAAAACCAAAACCAAAUGAAAAGAAGACAAAAUCACUGUGGAGAAAAUGUAUUUUCCCUGUGAUUGUUUCCAAACAAGGCCAAUACGCUUAACUGAACUUGAAAAUUACAUAAUAAAUACAUCUGACGAAAUUAUAAAGAAUUCUAAACAGCAUUGUAUCCAUAUUAGCAGCUUCUUUGUAACAGGAUCCCAUCAGAGGCGUUAGGAAAGUGUUAUUUGCAUUUUUUUCCUAUUUCAAAUGCUUUUGUUUUUUAAACACCAGAAAAUGCAAGCGUUUUCUGAGUAAUCCCUUUGGACACCAGCAUUCGAUUUCUAGUUUAAAUUAAACUGCAGGCCUUUAAAUGUAUGGCAAGAAUACAUCUGUGAGUUACAAAAGUAUAAACAAGAUGAUAAUAUAGCUGAAAAUUCUGGAUAAACCCCACUGUCUACAGGUUUGCACUAUGCACCUACACACAGAUUCCUUCUGUGGAGAUACUCAAGACUCACCUGGAUGGCCUACCUGUGCAACCUGCUGUAGGGAACUUGCUUUCGCAGUAGGGUUGGUCUCAGUGAUCUGCAGAGGUCCCUUCCAGCCCCUAUGGUUCUGUGGUUCUGUGUAUUUGCAAAGAACAGAGCAGACAUUUCACUUGCAUUAGUGAGCAAAAGGAAGUUCUUAAUUUAAAUCUUGCCCUUCCAAAAUGUUACAUCUAAGCCUUGUGUGGAUGACUGAAUUAGAGGUUUGCCAAUUAGAUGUCAAAAUUACUCAAUUUAUGUUCAUUUCCAAGAAGUCUGGAGUCUUUACUGAGCAUCUCUUUCAGCAUCUCCACGUCAUAUAGAUCAUUUAAUGUUUUAAAACGUUCAGUCUAUGGAGGGAAAUAAAGUCAGCAGACUUCAGGAUAAAGAUUUAUCUAAGGCUGAUUAGCUUGUUACAUAUAGCUUUGAUCUGAGUCUUAUCUAUGCUAGCUUAUCUUAAUGUCAUAGCCUUGAAGACCCCUCGUUAGGGACCAGGUACCCACAGAUGAGCUUACAGCCAGAGGACACAGGUGGAUAAGGAUCCUAAGGAGCAAUGGUACAAUAUAGGAUUUCAACAAACCUACCACCUAUUCACUUUGGAGGGUUUCUUUGUUUCUGAUUUAUUGGUAAGCCACCAGUACUUUAAUAGCAGGGAAAAGAAAAGAGCAAAACAAAUUUGUUUCAAAUAAUGAGGAGUACUCGUUUUCAAACUCUCUCAGGCACUGUUUAAAGGUGUGCUGUUUUCAGUUUGAUAGUGCACAGCUGUCUGUAAGAAACACCCACACAAAGCAAACAUUGCAUUCUAUCUUAUCGAAGUUUCAGAAAUCCACUUUUAUUUCAAACACAAAAGGACUGUCUGUAGAUUGGAACGUUCUCCACUUACAGAAGCUGAAUCUUUCUUGGCAUUUAAAGAAGCGUUCUUCUGUCAUUUCCAUGUGCCUUUGUGCUCUGGUUCUAGCCAGCUGCUAGAAAGCUGAAGUGUUGCCAAAGAGCAUAUUUUAGCUUUAUUUCUGGCCUGCGCGGAUUUAGGAAAUACCAGCAGUUGCACUAAGUCCGUUCUCAUGAGAGAGCGAGCACAAGUUUGCAAAUCAAAGAGCUUAUAAUAAGCAUCCAAACAUUUGUUUGUUUAUUCAAACUGCUAAAGCUUUGGAGAUUUUAUUCAUCACGGGAGCUGGGUCACACACUCGUAUAUUGAAAUUUCCUCCUCAUUUCUAAUGGAAAGCCGGGACAACUUGCACAUCACAUCAGACAAAGAAAUUGGAGAUGAUUGCACUGUGGCUGCUUCUACUGUGUCUAAAGAGGAACAAUUUCAGCUCUGUCUCCCCUUAAAAGCGACCGUGUUACUUAGUAGAAAAUCUGCAACUGCCUUUAACAAAUGCAUUUGCAGCUGUUAGGUUAUUAGUUAAGGAUAAGUUCUUAUAAAUAACGGACCUUCACUGAAAACCCCAAUCCCUUAAGAAGUGUCCAAAUGUAAGGUUUGGUACGGUAUCUGGUACUUGCUUGUAUCUCAAGUGCUUUCUUGAUGAUAAGUUGCAUAUAUAUUUUUUUAAUCUAGAGUUAAUUAGUUCUGCUAUCCUUCUUACUAGAGAUUUAAAUUAUACGCGGGUUUGAUCUGAGAGUAUUGAUGGUAUGCGCUGUGGAAUUUUCUAAUUAACGUAAUACCAUUUUGUCGCGUUUUGAUUUGUAAAAUAUCAGAAAGUAAUUGCAAGGUAUAAACUUUCACUAAAUUAUAUUACAGAGGUGCUUUAAGGAAAAAAAAAGAUGUAAAUUAUUUAAUUUAAAUACUUGUUUCGUACUUUAGCUUUGUGAAGCCUUUUGUACAGUGAGGAAAGAUGUACUGUUAUGGGUAAGGGCGGUGGGCCUUAAGUCAAAGACAAGCAUCUAUUUAUUCCUGCCUGGGCUUUGUUCCCAUCACAAGUUCUUCAACUUGUCAAGGUUUGGCAUUGGCAAUUGGCACCAGGGUUAAGAUUGCACUUUCACGCUGAAUAUAGGCUUCCUUAAAGGAAGACCAGGUUAGGAUGAAAGGUAACCUUAUGGCUGCUCCUGUCCUGAAUUUCUUAGGCCUCAAUGGGAAAAGAAAACUUUAAAAGGUACCAUCAGAUUUGUCACUUUACACUGUAAGUACGGCAUAUCGGCAUAUCGAUGUGUUGUUAACUAAACCCAUCCUAGGGCGAGGGCAUUCCUCUUCUGUUCUCUCCAAGGUGCUUAAAGGUUUUUACAACUUCUUCAGCUUCUGAAGCCUUUUUCUUUUUUCUCCCCCUUAAUCUUCCUGACUGAUUGCAUCAGUGUUAUCUAGUCAGAUUCCACUGAAACCUGGUUUCAGAACAGAAUUUCUACUUCAAGGACCUCAAUUUCAGCUGAGCUGCCCCUGCCCAGAUGUAGGCUACAGGCACAAAAGAGAUUAAUCUUCAUACAGGCUGGGCCUUAAGAAUGGACUGGACUGCAAGAGCAGACAUAAGGUACUUAAAAGCCAUGUUAAGAAUUUGGGCAUGUUUUCUCAGGGUGGAUAUGCAUGAGCAUUAAUUGCUACUAUGGAAAAGAAAAAGAAAAACCAACAAAAGCAGCACAACCAAUGCAAAAUGUUUUAUGGCAUUCUUCACCCCUGAAAGGAAAAAAUAAUGGUGGUGAAAAAUAUUAUCCAACCAAAAUAGCGGCACGCUCUCCUCCUGCUGCGUGGGAGUGCACAAUAAAUGUUCAGAAUCUUUUGCCACGUGUAAUGGGAAUUGUAACGCUAGCCAAACUGCUGGGUGAUUCAUAAGCAAUCUGCCACACAUAGAGCCAUCCACAUCCAGGCUUCGCUACUUCAGGCACAUCUGUGAGCUACAGGAAGGUUUUGCUGCCCGGUGUAGGGUUGCCUUCACCCAGACGCAGCAGUGCUUUUGUCCGUCAGUCCUGCUGCUGCGCUCUUUGGAGCUGCUGGGGAGCAGGCGCUUGCCGCCAGAUCCACUCAGCAGCUGCGCUGUUAUGUCGGCUGACAGGCACACACAGAAUGGGAAGAGGCUGCUUCAAUGAAAUCCCUCACCCUGCUCCCUCCAGGGGCAGUUCCCGUGGGCUGGCUGGCAGUGGGAGGCCGUGGCUUUCACUCAGCGGCCACAACUAUUUUCCUCUGGUUUCAGAAGCAGAAGAACAUUUGUGGCUUCCCUGGUAAUAGCAAAGCUAAUUUAAGUUUGAACAGCGCAGAUUUUACCAAGAACACCCCCAUUGCUGUUUGGCACUGUCUGUGGCAUCAGCUUCUCAGAUGAGCUGCAUUUCAUAUCGCUCCUGGUAUUUCACAACUAUACAGUUGCUCUGAUUUUUCUUUAGGAACGCAACAGUUUAAGUACAUCACCAUGUUAAAACCUUUUAUGGGUUAAAUUGUCUGUUAUCUGAUAGGAUUGAAAAAAGCACGGUUUUUGUUAGUAUUGCCAAAUCCUAAUCAGUAGAGCUAAGGAGUGUUUAAUUACAUCAAGAUAAUGAUAUGAAAGAAGAAAAAGGAAAAGAAACCAAACCCCGAAACAACAAACAAAUCAUUGCUUCCAGUCGCCUUUUAUUUUUUUACUGAUUACUUUUAGAGCAGUUUUGGGGUGUGUUUAAUUGCAAAGAGCUGACAUUUCUUGAAGGGAGUUCCUGAUUCCCAAGGAAAGUGUUUCCCAGUGAAAUCCCACGCAGCACCACAUGGCGGGAUGCUGAGGGUCUCCCUGUCAGACCAAAUGCAGCUGGGAUUCCCAGGAAAGAACAGCAGCCCUGGACUCACAGGGACUUACAGGGAAGACAAAGUCACUUACAUGCAUGAAUGUAGAAGUUACACAUCAUAGUGCAAUGUUGAUGAUGGCUUCUCAGAUGUUACCGGCCUACCAAGCUAGAAUGGAAAAACUUGGAGCUUGUUGACAUUGUUUUUGGUUUCCUUCUCCUUUAAGAAAUGAACGGUUGGAUUCACUGUUUGUUUGUAUAGAGACUGGUAGAAACCUCUGUGCUUCAAAACGAAGAAAAAAAGAAAAUUAUCCUGCAGGAUUGAAUGUAAACACGAGUAAUUUGCAAUAUGUUUUUGCCUUAAUGGUUUAAAAAAGAAUAAAGUAUUUUUAAAAUGAA